CUUAAAUCUACACAAUCCACAACCCUCACAAUGGCACCCAAGAUCUUCAUCACCGGCAUAACCGGCUACAUCGCCGGCGACGCCUUCUACCGCCUUCAACAAACCCAUCCCGAAUACUCCUAUACAGCUCUCAUCCGCACCGAAGAAAAAGCCAACAAAGUCCGCUCCGCCUACCCCGACGUCCGCGUCGUAAUCGGCGGGCUCGACGACUCCGAACUCCUCACCCGUGAAGCCGCCGCAGCCGACAUCGUACUCCACGCAGCGGACGCUUCCGACCACGAAGGUGCCGCAAAGGCCAUCGCCAAGGGUAUCAAAGAGGGACACUCGAAAGAGAACCCGGGAUACUGGCUGCACACGGGUGGUACUGGAAUUCUGACAUACUUUGAUUCGGCGGCGGAUAAGUUGGGAGAAUGGGAAGAGAAGGAGUUUGAUGAUUGGGAGGGCGUGAAGGAGGUGACGACGCUACCGGAUGAGGCAUUUCACAGGAAUGUGGACAAGUUGGUGUUGGAUGCAGGCACGAAGGACCCUGAUGUUGUCAAGACGGUGAUUGUGUGCCCGCCAACGAUUUAUGGCAAGGGUCGAGGACCGGUGUCUGGACGUGGCAGGCAGGUGUAUGAGAUGACCAAGUUGAUUCUGGAGAAAGGUUAUGCGCCGAUUGCUGGAAAGGGCAAGGCGAGGUGGACCAAUGUGCAUGUCUACGAUUUGAGCGAUGUAUUCGUCCUGUUGGUUGAGGCUGCAGUCAAGAAAGACACUAACGCCGAGCUCUGGGGCGAGAAGGGCUACAUCUUCGUCGAGAAUGGAGAGCAUUUAUGGGCGGAUCUGUCGAGGUCAGUGGCCAAGAAGGCCGCGGACUUGGGCUACAUUGAGAAGGAUCCCAAGGAGCAGCAGUUGCAGAAACAGGAGGCGCUAGAUGUGGCUGGCUUCGAGGCUGUAAGUUGGGGUCUGAACUCAAGAGCAAAGGGCCAUAGAGCAAAGAAGGUUCUGGGUUGGAAGCCGAAGUGUCACAGCCUGGAGGACGAGGUCGAGAACAUUUUGAAAGAGGAGAAGGCUCGUCAAGGAUGA